AUGAACCUUACGUUACGCGGCAAAUAUCAUUCUUGCCUUCGUUCACGAAGAUUUCAUUUCAUACUCUCUCUCUCUCUCUCUCUCUCUCUCUCUCUCUCUCUCUCUCUCUCUUUUUACUCACACCCUAUCUUUCUUUCUUUCUUUCUUUCUUUCUCUCUCUGUCUCUCUGUCUUUCUUUCUUUCUUUUUUCUCUCUUUCUUCCUUUCUUUCUUUCUUUCGUUUUCUUUCUUUCUCUCUUUCUUUCUUUCUUUCUUUCUUUCUUUCUAUCUUUCUUUCUAUCUCUUUUUCUUUCUCUCGCUUUCUUUCUUUCUUUCUUUCUCUCGCUUUCUCUCCUUCUUUCUUUCUCUCUUUCUUUCUCUCUUUCUUUCUGUCUCUCUUUCUUUCUCUCGCUUUCUCUCUUUCUUUCUAUCUCUCUUUCUUUCUCUCGCUUUCUUUCUUUCUCUUUCUUUCUUUCUCUCUUUCUAUCUUUCACUGUUUCUUUUUAUCUUUCUUUCUGUCUUUCUCUCUUUCUUUUUAUCUCUCUUUCUUUCUCUCCCUUUCUCUCUUUCUUUCUUUCUUUCUAUCUUUCACUGUUUCUUCUUAUCUUUCUUCCUUUCUCUCUUUCUUUUUACCUUUCUUUCUUUCUUUCUUUCUUUAUUUAUUUCUUUCUACCUCUCUUUCUCUCGCUUUCUCUCUUUCUUUCUAUCUUUCUAUCUUUCUUUCUUUCUCUUUUUCUUUCUUUCUUCUUUCUCUCUCUCUUUCUUUCUCUCUUUCUCUCUUUCUUUCUUUCUUUCUCUUUCUCUUUCUUUCUCUCUUUCUUUCUUUCUUUCUUUCUCUCUUUCUUUCUCUCGCUUUCUUUCUUUCUUUCUUUUCAUUUUCUAUCUCUUUCUCUCUUUCUUUUCCACUUUCUUUUCGCUUCCAGCUUCUCUCUUUCCGUAUUUUUUGCUCUAUUUCGUUCAAAUCCUCUCUCUCUCUCAUUCUUUCAUUCUCAUUCUCUCUCUAUUUCUCUCUUUUUUUCCUUCCUCUAUCUCUCUCUCCCUGUUUCUCUUUUCUCUAUUUUUACUUCUUUUCUCUCUCUCUCUCUCUCUCUCUCUCUCUCUUAAUGCUUCUCUCUCUCUCUCUCUCUCUCUCUCCUUUCUCUUUCCCCUUCCCGUCCAUUUUCCUUUCUUUAGUAAUACGAAAUCGUUACCUGAAAAGCGAUAA